AUGGCCCCUCUUCGCCGACUCCUCGCUCUCGCAACAUCAACCUUCCUUUUUCUCGCACACGCAUCACCCUUAUCUGCAGCUGGCGCAGGCCAAGUCGUCCCCGGAAAAUGGAUCGUUACGCUUCGGCCUGACGCCGACGUCGCAACUGUCUCGUCGCAUUUCGUAAAAGUUCGCGAGAUCCGCGCGCGCAAUGUAGGAGUUCGGCAUAGAGAGGUUGGGGAGAUCGAGCGGCAGUAUAGAUUUGGGAUGUUUAAGGGGUACGCGGGUGCUUUUGAUGAGUUGAUGGUUGAGGAGCUAAGAGAGUUACCUGAGGUACUCAGGGUUGAAGAAGACAGAAUCAUGACGACGUUUGAUUUCAUUACGCAGGGCGACACUGUGAACUGGGGUCUCGCAUCCCUUUCCUCCCGCACAAAAGAUGCGAAAGACUACAUCUAUGAUUCCACCGCCGGGCAUGGCACUUAUAAUUACGUCGUAGACACGGGCGUACGCAUCACGCACGAGGAAUUCGAUGGCACGCGCGCCAUCUGGGGGUACAACGCCGUCAACGACAAAAACACCGACAACGCAGGGCACGGAACCCACGUCGCGGGCAUUAUAGCCGGCAAAACCUACGGCGUCGCCAAAAAUGCCACCAUCAUCGCCGUCAAAAUCUUUGAAGGAAACUCCGGUCAAAUGUCAGUCGUGCUCGACGGCUUCAACUGGGCGGUGCGCGACAUCGUAUCCAAAAACCGCACUUCCACCGCUGUAAUCAACAUGUCGCUCGGUGGCGCCGCGUCGGCGACCUGGGACGCCGCCAUCACCGCCGCCUGGGCGCAGGGCGUGCUCGCUGUUGUGGCUGCCGGAAACGAGAACCGCGACGCGUCCCUCGUGUCGCCUGCGCGUUCGCCCGAGGUGCUAUGUGUGGGAAAUCUGCAGCGCGAUGAUAAAAGGUAUAGUGGUGCGUCCGGGUCGAACUAUGGGCCUACGGUGGACAUCUUUGCGCCGGGGACGGGAAUCGUGAGUAGUUAUCGGACAAGCGACGAUGCGAUUCAGGUGCUGUCUGGGACGUCGAUGGCGGCGCCACAUGUAGCUGGGUUGGUGUCGUAUUUGAGGGGGUCGGAGGGGCCAAUGAACGCGGAGAAGGUGAAAGCGAGAGUCCUUGGGCUGGCAACGCCGGGGAGGGUGGUGGACGCGAAGGGAAGUGCGGAUCUCGUGGCGUUCAAUGGGGCGGGAGAGUGA